AUGGCGGUCCCCCAGCGGACACUCUCCUGGCUAUACUCGGUUUUAACCAAGGAUCACUACGACCCCAAACAAACAUACCACGACCCCAACCGUGCUUAUCACGACGUCGCCCAUGCGCUUGCCCAGUACCCCUCGCUCUCCCCUCGUACCGAUGUCUACACCUAUGAAAAUGGCUUCUCAGCUCUCCUUCUCCACCUCGUGGGAACACUGCCUGUCGUCUUCCGUGGCACCACAUACCGAUUCCCUGUCGCGCUUUGGAUCCCAAAUACCUACCCUCGAGAGCCCCCCAUGGUAUAUGUGACACCACCUCAAGAUAUGACAGUUCGCAGUGGUCAGCAUGUCACGUUGGAGGGGCGAGUGUAUCAUCACUACCUAGCUCAUUGGGCUGAGGCUUGGGAUAGAUCCACCAUUUCCGACUUUCUCUCCAUCCUCCGUGACGUAUUUGCGAAAGAACCUCCAGUGCGCUAUCGUCAGCAACUCCCAGCCCAGCCUCAGGCACAGCAUGUACAGACUCCGCCGCCAGUGCCGCCUCUCCCACCAGGCACGGGACCCUCGCCAGCUCCAGCACAGACACAGCCCCCGCACUCCCUCCUAAACCUGGAUCGACACCUGCGCAUCAGCAAUUACCUCCACAAGCCGCAGAUCGGUAUCGAUCGCCCCCCACCACUUCCUCCCCUACCUCCAAAGGAUCAUGAUCAUAGGAGAGCUUCUUCAAUCUCUGCGAAUCUAUCUGGCGCUGGCAGCCAGGCGCCCCAGCAAUAUGUUUCCUCACAAUACCCACCUCCCCAAUCUAUGGGACAUCCUAUAUCUCCAUCGAUGACUCCUGGACCUUCUGCGACACCAAGCAGAAACAUCAAUGCACCUGUAGUUCCUGCUAGCUCUCAACGACAUCAAUAUGGACGUCAAGGCGUGCCAUAUACCCCUCAGGCUCCGCCGCUACCACAGCAAAUAUCACAACAACCUCAAUCACAGCCACCGCAAUCUCAGUGGUCGGGAUAUCAGUCUCAUCCACUGCAGCAACAGCCGAGGCAACAGCCAAAUGUACCCUCUGGGCCUCCGUACCCAGAACAUUCUCCUCAUCCCUCAAACCAGCCGCGGGCUCCUGCUCCUCCGGCAGCACCAGCACCAAAGACCGAGGCACCCGAUCUUCUCACCUCGCCCUUUGAGUUAGAACUUCCCUCAUUUGCGCCCACUGGACCCGCUCCUCCAAUCCCACCAAACCCAGAAAAGGACGCACUUCUUCACGCUGUCUCCAAAACUAUGCGUGAGACAUUAGUGACGCACGCUUCACAAUCCGAAGUAGCAGCCCAAUCUCUUGUCUCGCAGUCGCAUUCUCUUCACGCCGCUAUGACAACCCUGCAAACUGAGUUGGCUGCUCUAAACACCCUUCAUUCAACCCUGCAAUCAAACACAUCCAUUCUUCAGCAGUCUAUCCAUCGUGCAGACGCAACGAUUGCAGAUGCCCAAGCCCGCUCUGCCGCAUCAGUUUCAUCUACUACUGCGUCAACAUCUACUUCAGCACCUUCCGAUCCUUCCUCUGGUCUCCCACCAAUCGAUGAGGUUUUAGUUGCUCCUACUGUGGUGGGUAAGCAACUUUAUGAUCUUGCGGCAGAGGAGCAAGGUCUACAGCAUGCACUUUACGCAUUACAGGCUGCCCUUGUACGUGGAGUGAUUGGUGUUGACUCUUGGUCCCGCCAUACCCGUGGUCUCGCACGAGAGGCGUUUUUGAAGAGGGCAUUGAUCAGUAAGAUUGGACGAGGAAUGGGAUUAGAAACUGUGUCGUGA